UGUGGCACACAUCAAAUGAUCGAAAGGACAAAUUACGAGGAGCACUUGAAGGCAGCAGCUGAAGCUCCGGUAGACUGACGUGAACAUGAAGGACGGAAAAAGUCCGGUUACACUGAAAAUAAUCCUCAUAGGAAGCUCCGGGGUGGGAAAAUCCUCCUUCAUGAACAGAUAUGUGAAUCACCGCUUCACCAACAUGUACAGGGCCACUGUAGGGACUGACUUCCUCUCCAAAACAGUCACCAUAGAAGGGGACACAGUCACCCUGCAGAUCUGGGACACAGCUGGGACAGAGAGGUUCCAGUCUCUGGGCAUGCCUCUGUACAGAGGGGCCCACUGCUGCAUGCUGGUGUUUGAUGUCACAUCCAGAGCCAGUUUCUCUGCCCUGGAGGGCUGGAGGAAGGAGUUUCUGAUCCAAGGCGAGCCUGAGGACCCAUCUGACUUCCCCUUCAUUGUACUGGGCAACAAGACUGACUUGAGUGACCGGGAGGUGUCUGGCAGACAGGCCCUGCAGUGGUGUGAGGAAAUAGGAGCAGAAUACUUUGAAGGAAGCGCCAAAGAGGAUCUAGAUGUGGAAAAGCCGUUUCUGAGAGCGGCUCAAAGUGGCUUGAAGCAGGUAACUCAGCAAGUAGUUUUAAUUUUUUUAAUCUUUGUAGCGAAAAGAAGAAAGACGCAUAAUAUCUCUAUGUUUAACAUGUUUAUUUUUUGAUGAUAAAAGAUACAUUACUCCCUACAGUACAAAAAACACACAUUGGAAAAUACAGGACAUUUCCAGAUAACCUGCAAACAGCCGAGAGAAACUCGCAACACCUGUGAGUGCUGAGAGAAGCACUCGUCCCAGUGUGGGAAGGAAAGUUCAGAGAGACCUCGGCACUGCUGAUGAUGACCUAUCUAACAAGGGUGCAAAAAUAGUGACCCAGCAAAGGUACUGUGGAAGGAAAGGACACAAUUGUAUACCACAUGGAGAGAGGAACAAACUCAUUAAAUGUUUUUUCUUUUUUUUUGAGAACCUUCAGCUUAUGGUCUAACUUAAGGCAUCACUACUAAAAUACACUGCUUUUGCAUGCAUGUCUAGUUUUGUUCAACAGACACACUGACACGCACAAAAAUUAUGAAUGCAUAUGAAGAGAAAGUUCAUUUCUAGAAAGAAAUCAGGAGAAAUCACAAACGGAAACCAAGGCGCCCAGCCGAAGAAAAGGCGGCGGGCGAGAACCUUGGCUCUGGAUCUUCUAGGCCGUUACCAUCACAACUGAAUCUGCCCAUACAAAGUAGAUAUACACUCAUGUCCAAUCAGAAACCUCCUCCCUGUACAAGUUUGUAUUGUUGAACGUAGCAGUGAUUUAGACUCCUACAGUGAAUCAGCUUGACAGAAGCAAAUUAGAACAAUCAGGGAGACUAUAUAUAUUUAUAUAUAUAUAUUUGUUUCUUUUAUAAGUAAAGACACAAAAGGCAAUCAAGAGAUGACCAACAUGUAAAAACUGUUUGUUACAGGUAAUUAUAUAAAAGGCCAAGAUGUUU